GAGGCGGCGGUUGCGCUGUGAACAGAUGGAGAUGGCGGUUUAGUUUUGCUGCUUUUAGGGAUCAACAGGCAGUAGUUUGUCUGUAUUCACCAUGUCAAAAAUGCAAUUAUUGGAACGACAAAUAAGUGGAGACUUCCCAUCUCCUAUAGUCCGGAGCUCCGAGACUAGUAGAACUUCUCUGAGGCGAAAUGCUACAAAAAAACAUAUUGACAAAGUAUUGUUGCACAGUAAAGACAGUUCCAGCUUCCAGCUUGUAACAGCUACUCGAGCUACAGCUCUUAUAUUCCAAGACUUCUAUACACCACAGACUCGAAUCUGUCCUUUAAAGCAGUCGGACGGGUCAUCAAUUUUAGGAUCAAUUAGACCAGCUCUCCUUGUACCAGAUACACAUUUGCAAAAUAUAGCAGAAGAUGCCGAGGACACUACAUCUCUUUUCGCUCAGCAGAGGACUAGCAUGAAAGUCACAACUGAUUCACCAAGAAGCUUUUCAGAAGACUUGACUGUUAGUGCAGUUAUGUUAAGGGAGGAUGAUCCAGGAUUAACUGCUUCAGCUGUUCUGUUUUCAAAGUUUUUGGAAGCGUUCUUGGCACAUUCAUCUACUGCUAUCUUUGAUUUGAUCAAAUCUUAUGAAGCCAAUUGCAUGGACCAGGUAAAUAUACUUCAGAAGAUUGUAAACCGUGCAACCCCUGGGCAACAGAAAUUUUCAAAAACAGCUAGUGUUCUCUGGUUCCUUCAGCAAGAAAUGGUCACCUGGCGUUUAAUUGGAUCUCUUUACAGGGACAGAAUUGAAUCCAGUGUGGAAGAAGGCAUGAUGUUUGAAGUAGCUGCCCCAAAUGCCACUGAAAAGACCAUUGUAGAAAUGCUUUUCCAACGUGACUCACUGAUACGACAAUGUCAGAUCGUUGUAGAUUGGCUAGAGAGUAUUGCCAAAGAAGAAGCUGGAAAUUUUGCAGAGAACAUUGAAUUUUAUGCAAAAUCUGUGUACUGGGAAAAUACACUACACGUGUUAACACAACAGCGAUCGGGCAUUGCUGGAUUUUCAAGGCAACUUGUGACUGAGCUGGAUCCAGAUGCUCCCAUCAGACAGAAAAUGCCUCUUGCAGAUUUGGAUAGGGAAGAUGAUGCUAGAUUUAUGAAAUAUCUCUUUGCUCUUAUACGAGCUGGGAUGACUGAUGAGGCUCAGAGAUUGUGCAAACGUUGUGGUCAGGCUUGGAGAGCUGCAACUCUGGAAGGCUGGAAAUUAUACCAUGACCCAAAUCUUAAUGGCGGAACAGUUCUUGAACCUGUAGAAGGGAACCCAAACAGAAGUGUUUGGAAGGCUUGUUGCUGGAGGAUGGCUGAAGAUGAGCAGUUUAACAGAUAUGAACGAGCAAUCUAUGCAGCUUUAAGUGGAAAUCUUAAGCAGCUCCUUUCGGUGUGUGAUACUUGGGAAGACUGUGUUUGGGCAUACUUCAGGGUUAUGGUGGAUAAUCUUGUCGAACAAGAAAUCCGUGCGUUGAGUACUCCUGUUAGUGAAUUAGAAGAAUUGCCUAAAGAAUGUACUGAAGCAAAUUGGACUUUAGAGGCAAUAUUUGAAGAGCUGCAGGCAACAGACAAAAAACAAGUGUUGGAAGAGAAUAAAGCUCAUUAUCAUAUAAUUCAGAAAUUCAUAAUCUUGGGAGACAUUGAUGGUUUAAUGGAUGAAUUUCAGGAUUGGCUAGAAAAAUGCAGAUCACUCCUCCCAGCACACCUCCUUCGAUUCAUGACCCACCUUGUCUUGUUUUUCUGGAGUUUGGGCCUACAGACAAAGGAGGAUGUUUGUACUGACAUACUAAAGACUUAUAUAGAGCUUCUAAUCCAAGCUAACCACACGAAUUUAAUAGCAUUUUAUGUCAGCCAUUUGCCUCCGGAGCUGGCUGUCACUCAAUAUUCCACAUUUUUGGAAACUGUCACAGAGACUUCGCAACGGAGACUUUGUCUAGAUCUGGCAAGAGAAGCCGGCCUUGAUGUACCAGCUGUGACCAAGUGUGUUGUAGAAAACAUCCGGAAAAAGGAUGUCGACGAAUUUACUCAUCAUGAUCUAUCACCAUCUCUGGAUACUGCAACUACAAAAGAAGAUCAUAUGAAGAUUAAUGUAAUCGAGUGGUUGGUGUUUGAUCCUACACAAAGAGCAGAGGCACUGAAACAGAGCAAUGCCAUAAUGAGGAAAUUCUUGGCUUCAAAAAAACAUGAAGCUGCAAAAGAAGUGUUCAGUAAAAUUCCACAAGACUCUAUAGCUGAAGUGUACGCGAGCUGGGAAGAAUAUGGAAUGGAUUUCAUGCCUCCAGCAGAGGAAGAAAAUGCUAUCCGGGAACAUUUGUGCAUAAGGGCUUAUCUGGAAGCUCAUGAGAUGUUCAACAAGUGGUUUAAAUGCAUGCAGUCAACACCUCAGGAACCUACCAUUUCUGCAGGUGCAAGUUUCACAGAGACAGUGGCUCAUGAACACAAACAGAAGCAAUUUCAGAGUGAUUAUAAGAACUGGAGUGAUGAAUUGGAAAUUCUCACCAAAGAAGUAAAAGAGAAGAUCUGUAAUGUCUUGCUUUUUGUGAAUGGAGGAUGGUUGAUUGACAUCAGAGAGGAUGCUGAAGAAGAUGCUGAGCGCAGUCACCAGUUGAAUUUAUUGCGCCAGCUCUGCCUACCAAUGAUGUGUUUCUUGCUUCACACAGUACUACACAGCACUAAACAGUACCAGCACUGCUUAAAAUUGGCUGAUAUUGUUGCAUCAGAGCAACAUAAGCUUUAUCAAGUAUUUUCGAAAGAGGAACUUGCAAACUUCUUGCAUUUGCUGAGAGAGUCUUCACUCAUGCUGUUGGAUCAGAAUCUUGAUCCCUUAGGAUAUGAAUUACAAUCCUAGUGAAUAUUCAAGGGUUGCAAGAGACUUUGAUUCUGUCCAAAAAUAAGUAUUAGCAAUUUGCAGAUUCUUUUACACUCCUUCCUCUUUUGGAAGAUUAAAGUUCAAUGAUCAGACAAUUGAUAAUAUUUAGAUAUUCAAUCUUGUUGAAAAUGUAUGUAAUAUUUCAUACGAAAAUCUUUUUCCACCUUAUUCGAAGUAUUGUCGUCUGAUUGCUUCUAUUUUAUAAUUGUUACAUGCCAAUAAGUUGAAAAGUUUCUAAAUGUUGUGCUAAUGAAAUUAACCCUACUAUUCUUCUGUCAUUAAAAUUAUUCCAUGAAUACUA